UUUUUCGUUUAGAAAAAUUUAUAGUGGUUGUUGAAGUAAACAGAUUUUUUUUUGUGCAGCACGUGAAAAUAAUAAUCAACAGAUAAUGAAGCUGUUAACACAUAAUAUGUUGACAUCAAAUAUAAUAAAAGGUGUUUCAAAAGGGUUCCCGUUAGGUAUUCAGGCAUCCAAGGUUGAAGUGAAGUCAGUGGAUUUCAAUCCAGAGUUUGUUGCAAGAAUGAUACCCAAGAUAGACUGGGCAGCUCUCAGACAAGCAGCUCUUGAUGUAGGAAAAUGUGAGGACUUGCCGGAAGAUGUUGCUCCACAGUAUGAGGAAAAUGAAGAUUUUUUAAAGAAAACUCAUCAUGUUCUUUUAGAGGUUGAGGUGAUAGAAGGAGAAUUGGUGUGUCCGGAGAGUGGUAGAAAAUUUCCCGUGACAAACGGCAUUCCGAACAUGUUAUUGAAUGAAGAUGAAGUUUGACAUGGUGGUUAAAGCUUAACAAUAAUUUUGAUAAUGGAAACAAACUAAACAUCAAUUGGAAAUAUAUUGUGACACUGUAGAGGAAACGUGAAAUGGGGCUUUGGUGAUAAUUGUUUUGAUAUAUGUUCAAAUUAACAUAAAUUGAAAUGCAAGGAGAUAUUGUAGACCAUGUGUGAAACAGUGAUUAGUGAUUAUUUUGAUUGAUGUCAAAAUUAUAUGUGGUUGCGAUGCAAUGAGACUCAAUUGAUUUGAGUGUUCAUAAAACUGUAAAUCGUGAACAGUUCAGCCGAGGAUGAUAUUAAAUAUAUUAGAUUUGUGAAAUGAGGUGGAAAUUUCGUUAAAAUAUGAAACUUACUUAGAAUACAAUAGAAUUAUACCAUGGUGAAUUUAAAUAUUAACUUUUUUGAAUGCCCUGCUGGAGGUAACAAAAACUACCCAUGAGACAAGUGAAGACUUGGAUCAUCGGACAAAUUUCGUGCCAUCUUGGACUGCACUGUUUGCUAUUCAGGCAAUAUUUAAUUUGAAAGUUUACCUAAAAAUGAUGCAUGGUUUUGUCAAGAUUGAAAACUGGACCAGUGAACUUACAAUAUUAAGUGUGGCAAGGGUUUAACAUGUCAGUGAAAUGAAUUUCAAUAAAAAUUAACAACUUGAGAAAGAAAAAAAUAUCCAAAAUAUAUCAAAUGUAAAUUCUGAAAGAAAAAUUUACUCAUAUUUUAAGAGCUGUAUAGAUAUGCACAAUCAAGGUGAAGUUUUGAAUGUCACUUGCAAAAUAUGGGCUUUACAAGUGUUUAAGCAGUACCUCUAGACUCUUGCAGAAAUCAUACGAACAAAGUCGGAAAAUAUCACCUUUUUUUUUGCUGAUUCUUACAUAUUUCAGAGAAAGAAAUCAGUAUGAUUAGAUGCAUUUUACAUGAAUUGUACAUCCUUAAGAGCAUUUCAGGGGGUGAAAAGGCGAGAUUUUAGUAUAUAAUCAUUCAAGCACCUUGUCCGGUAUAUACUGGAAUACGGUUUAAUGUGGUGCUCCAACACUUUUUGUAGUCCCACUCUAAAAUAUAACAAAAUUUACUAUUUUUAUCAUCAAAGUUUUACCCAAUUAUUAUUGGAUUAUCAGAAAUUUCUGCAUAUUUUAUCUAGGACUUGGUGUAAAGAUUUUCUAUGUCUUUAUUCAUUUUAAAUACCUUAGAACAAGUACAAGUGUUGACCAAACUUUGUCUUAAUUGAUUUAAAUAUCACUAAAAUCACUGAUAAAUCCAUGCUAAAAUGUAAACCUUUGCAAGGAAAGUCAGUCUUUUUGUCUUAAUGUUCAAUGUAGGGAUUUCACUUCUCAACAGUACAAUGUUAUUGUACAUUUCUCUGUUUCUAGAAAUUGUAAAUAAUUAUUUUCAUGAAUGGUUAUUAUUAUGUGAAUAAAAAUACAAAUCCAAAU